UGUCCAUGCCGCCGCCCUAAGCCCAGACGCAGUUCCCAUCUUCACCUCCACGCCGUAACUGCUUGCCCAAUUGCCCAGCAUGAACUACGGCAAAAAGGAUGAAGAUGCCGACACCGGCCUGGUAAAGGUCGAUCGGACCCAGGUGUUCCAGGAAGCGCGACUGUUCAACAGCUCGCCCAUACAGCCUCGAAGAUGUCGCAUCCUCCUGACCAAGAUCGCCCUUCUCCUCUACACCGGCGAGAAGUUCCCAACCAACGAAGCCACCACCCUCUUCUUUGGCAUCUCGAAGCUGUUCCAGAACAAAGAUGCCAGCUUGCGACAGAUGGUUCACCUUGUCAUCAAGGAGCUGGCCCACUCCGCCGAGGACAUCAUCAUGGUCACCAGCACUAUUAUGAAGGAUACCGGCGGGAGCACCGACAUAAUCUUCCGCCCAAAUGCCAUCCGCGCCCUGUGCCGAAUUAUUGAUGCCACAACUGUCCAAUCCAUUGAGCGCGUCAUGAAGACUGCCAUUGUCGACAAGAACCCGUCCGUAUCCUCUGCCGCCCUGGUGUCGUCGUACCACCUGCUCCCCAUCGCGAAGGACGUCGUGCGUAGGUGGCAGAGCGAGACCCAAGAGGCUGCCGCCAGCACCAAGUCCUCGGGCGGCUUCUCCCUCGGCUUUUCAUCCUCAUCCGGCCAGCUCCCAGUGAACAACUCCACGAUGACGCAAUACCACGCCAUUGGUCUGUUGUACCAGAUGCGCAUGCACGAUAGGAUGGCCUUGGUCAAGAUGGUCCAGCAGUUCGGCGCGGCUGGUGCCGUCAAGAGCCCUGCUGCCAUUGUCAUGCUGGUCCGUCUGGCGGCGCAACUUGCCGAAGAGGAUCCUGGUCUCAGGAGACCUAUGAUGCAGCUCCUGGACGGCUGGCUGAGGCAUAAGAGCGAGAUGGUCAACUUCGAGGCGGCAAAGGCCAUCUGCGACCUGCGCGACGUCACCGACGCCGAGGUUGCACAGGCCGUCCAUGUCCUGCAGCUGUUCCUUACAUCUCCCCGAGCAGUCACCAAGUUCGCCGCCCUGAGGAUCCUCCACAACUUCGCGUCUUUCAAGCCCGAGGCUGUCCACGUCUGCAACCCAGACAUCGAGCUCCUGAUUUCGAAUAGUAACCGCUCCAUUGCUACCUUUGCGAUCACGACCCUUCUCAAGACCGGGAACGAAGCCAGCGUCGACCGCUUGAUGAAGCAAAUAUCGGGUUUCAUGUCUGAGAUCACGGACGAGUUCAAGAUUACCAUUGUCGAAGCUAUCCGGACACUGUGCCUGAAGUUCCCCAGCAAACAGGCCGGUAUGCUGCAAUUCCUGAGCGGUAUUCUACGGGACGAGGGCGGCUACGAGUUCAAGCGCGCUGUGGUCGAGAGUAUGUUCGACUUGAUCAAAUUCGUUCCGGACUCGAAAGAGGAUGCCCUCGCCCACUUGUGCGAGUUCAUCGAGGAUUGCGAGUUCACGAAGCUCGCCGUGCGGAUAUUGCAUCUCCUGGGUGUGGAGGGCCCAAAGACGUCACAGCCGACCAAGUACAUCCGAUACAUCUACAAUCGUGUCGUCCUGGAGAACGCAAUCGUGCGCGCUGCCGCUGUGACUGCCUUGGCCAAGUUCGGCGUGGGGCAGAAGGAUCCUGAGGUGAAGAGGAGUGUGCAGGUUCUACUCACUCGUUGCUUGGAUGAUGUUGAUGAUGAGGUCAGAGACCGUGCCGCCCUGAACCUUAGGCUGAUGAGCGAAGAGGACGAGAUGGCGGCGAAAUUCGUGAAGAACGACAGCAUGUUCUCCCUUUCUUAUUUCGAACACCAGCUUGUCAUGUAUGUCACAUCGGACGACAAGUCCACUUUCGAGUCAGCUUUCGACAUCUCCAAGAUCCCCGUGGUUACCCGGGAGCAAGCGGAUGCCGAGGACAGGACGAAGAAGCUCACAGCUUCAACUCCAUCCCUCAAGCCACCGAAGGUUACGGCAGCCAAGGCUGCACCAACCGGAGCCGAAGCUGCUGCUUCUGCUACUGCGGCAGCUCAACAGUACGCCCAGGAGUUGAUGAAUAUCCCAGAGAUGAAGGAGUUCGGCAGCGUUCUCAAGUCAUCAUCUGUGGUCGAGCUGACAGAGGCCGAGACGGAGUACGUCGUCAAGGUCGUCAAGCACAUAUUCAAGGAGCACAUUGUGCUUCAGUACGACAUCACCAACACCCUCGACUCCGUUGUCCUCGAGAACGUGUCUGUGCUCGCCGGUCCUUCAGACGAGGAAGAACUCGAGGAAGUUUUCAUCAUCGAGGCGGAGAAGCUCACUCAGAACGAGCCUGGUAAAGUCUACGUGGCGUUCAAGAAGGCUGCCGGCGAGGACUCCCUGCCUGUCGUUUCUUUCACCAAUACCCUCAAAUUCACCAGCAAGGAAAUCGACCCCUCAACAAAUGAGCCUGAGGAGAGCGGAUAUGAUGACGAAUACGAGGUGGCCGAGUUCGACCUGGCUGGUAGCGACUAUGUCAUUCCGACGUACGCGAGCAACUUCGCGCACUUGUGGGAGCAAGUCGGUGCUGCCGGUGAGGAGGCCGAAGAAACGCUGCAGCUGAGCGGCAUGAAGAGUAUAGCGGAGGCAACUGAGCAAUUGGCAAAGACGUUGUCGCUCCAGCCGCUCGAGGGCACUGACGUGCCUGUCAACCAAACCACUCACACGCUCAAGCUCCUCGGCAAGUCAGUCAACGGAGGAAAGGUCGUCUCCAACAUCAGGAUGGCCUACUCGGCCAAGUCGGGCGUCACAACCAAGAUCACAGUGCGCGCAGAGGAAGAGGGCGUGGCCGCACUGGUCAUUGCUUCGGUUGCAUAGUUUAACCCGAAAUUGACACUGCCAAUGACGCAGGACGCUGGUGCCAAUCAGAUACAAGAGAUUAUAUGAACGGAGACAAAUCUAGCACUGCAGAUGGCUAGAGAUGGGCUGACGGCGGUGGACGAACGAGAUGGUGACACGCAGUCAGAGAGAGGCGUCUUUUUGUUGAGCGGGUGACGUUUAGAAAAGAAGGAAAAGUGAAAUUCCUUUUCUUCCCGCGGUGGACAAGCAACCCGAAUGUUGGACGGGGCCGUGAUGAUGACUUGGAGUCUAGCAUUGGUUUGUUAUAAUUGAGAACACCUGAACUUGCACACUUGUGUCUUUGACAUCUUAUGCACCGGCUCGGAACCAUUCUUCUCAGUGGGAUAUUAGCUGUCAGCAGGUUAAUGUAGACUCGAAAGCUUCGCAAUAAGGCACCUGGUUUCCACUGACAAGACGUUCUGGCAGCCAAGCGAUUGCCCCGGACGAGGACGCAAGUUGUCGAAGUCUAUACUACAAUUCAGGAUCCCUGGUACUUAAGUAGCUACCUAGGUAGCUAGCUACUUCUCCCAGAGUUCGCGGCGUCGCUCUAGAUCAGCUACUUGUGUCAGUCACCAGGACCUGUGACUAAAUUUUGGUGCAGACAUCGAGUGCAACUGUAACACGAAG